AGUGGAUGUGGCAUCUUGUUGAGUAAUGCCGAGUAAGAAAUAGUUGUUUACUUUUUUUGCUGGAUAAUUCAGAUGUCAGACUGCACAAGCAAAAUAUGAAAACGUGGCCGUGUUUAAUGUAUCAAAGUUACGGUUACAAGGGGCCCGCUUGAUUCCUUUUCCAAAGCCUAAAAGACAGUUGACAAAGUGUCUACGAUGGAUUAAGGCUCACGGAAGAGCGCACGUACAACUAAAUGUGAACAAUAUCAACAAACACAAGGCUGUAUGUUCAAAGGUCGUAAUGAAGACCAUGAAAAGAAGAUUAGCUGGAGCUGUUGCCGUGGACCGUCUGGGGAUGGCCGUGACGAGACUGCUGGGACCGCCGCUUGUCGUGUGCGCUGGCAGCCUCCGGCUUUCUGCCGCGUUUUGCACACGAAAAUGUGGAUGGCACAAUCACCUCCAACAGACGACCUCUUCCCUGGAGGGGCUCCUCUGCAGCAGGUGUGCCACGGAACGCGCGCAAGACCAGGGAUCUCCCCUCCGUCUCCUUCUCCUCUUCGGCGCCCCCCCCCUUUUUUUGGGAAACUAUUUUUUUUUUCUUCCGCCCGACGUCUCUCUACUUCACUUCCACGAGAGAAGCUCGGUCAUCAUCGUGGGUUAUUUCCCCCCCUUAUUUUUUUUUCUUUCUCUGUGUGGGCCGGUGGACAAACAGGCUGCAUAGUUUUGGUUUUGACUGCGUCAGGAUGCCCCAAAAAGAGUACCACAACCAAGCCACGUGGGAGUCUGGCGUUGCUUCAAUGAUGCAGAACAGUCACAGCGGCGUCAACCAGCUCGGCGGCGUGUUCGUGAACGGCAGACCGCUGCCGGACUCCACCAGGCAGAAAAUCGUCGAACUCGCCCACAGCGGCGCUCGACCCUGCGACAUCUCCCGGAUACUCCAGACCCAUGAUGAAGUCCAAGUGGUGGACAGUGAAAAGGUGUCCAACGGCUGCGUCAGCAAGAUCCUGGGCCGCUACUAUGAGACGGGCUCCAUAAGACCGCGGGCCAUCGGCGGCAGCAAGCCCCGGGUCGCCACGCCGGAGGUGGUCGCCAAGAUCGCGCAGUACAAGCGGGAGUGUCCGUCGAUCUUCGCCUGGGAGAUCCGGGACCGGCUUUUAUCGGAGGGCAUCUGCACCAACGACAACAUCCCCAGUGUGUCAUCGAUAAACAGAGUCCUGCGCAACCUGGCGAGUGAGAAGCAACAGAUGGGCGCAGAUGGCAUGUAUGACAAGCUGAGGAUGCUCAACGGUCAGACAGGAAGUUGGGGGACCCGGCCCGGCUGGUACCCCGGAACAUCGGUACCGGGCCAGCCCAAUCAAGACGGCUGCCAGCCGCAAGACGGCGUUGGAGAAAACACGAACUCCAUCAGCUCGAACGGCGAAGACUCGGAGGAGACUCAGAUGCGCCUGCAGCUGAAGAGGAAGCUGCAGAGGAACCGAACCUCCUUCACACAGGAGCAGAUCGAGGCGCUGGAGAAAGAAUUUGAACGAACUCAUUAUCCAGACGUGUUUGCACGAGAGAGACUAGCGGCCAAAAUCGACCUCCCGGAAGCGAGAAUACAAGUCUGGUUCUCCAACAGGAGAGCGAAGUGGAGGCGGGAGGAGAAACUUCGCAACCAGCGGCGGCAGGCCAGCAACUCCUCCAGUCACAUCCCCAUCAGCAGCAGCUUCAGCACCAGCGUGUACCAGGCCAUCCCGCAGCCCACCACACCCGUGUCGUUCACCUCGGGGUCCAUGUUGGGCCGAGCCGACUCAGCCCUCACCAACACGUACAGUGCGCUGCCCCCGAUGCCCAGCUUCACCAUGGCCAACAAUCUACCUAUGCAACCCAGCCAGACCUCCUCCUAUUCCUGCAUGCUGCCUACCAGUCCGCCCGUGAACGGGCGCAGCUACGAAACGUACACGCCCCCGCAUAUGCAGGCGCAUAUGAACAGCCAAUCGAUGACCGCUUCUGGUACCACCUCAACAGGACUCAUCUCUCCUGGGGUGUCUGUCCCAGUGCAAGUCCCAGGGAGCGAGCCCGACAUGUCUCAGUACUGGUCUCGACUACAGUAGAGCGACGAGCUACUUCACCUUGUGAGCGCCGCGGCCUCCAACGUGGACCUCCUCGUACACAUACACACUAAACUCACACACGUAUACACAGGAGAGGAGUACGAGGACUUGCGUGGCUCCAGGCACAUUCAAACGAGGACAGGACUGAAAAAGACAAAUGGACCUCAGUAGAAAAGUGCCCGGUGUUACCUUUUUAUGGAACAACAAUUAAACAAAAAAAAAAAAAAAAAAAAAAAAACCCACAACACUUUUUUUUUUUUUUAAAUUACUUCAAGUCAUCGUUUCCAGUUUUUUUUCUUUCCGGCGUGUUUGUAAAUGGCCAUUUGUACGUGAACACGAACGCUCAAGCGCUGACGAGACGGACUGCCAGGAAGCCGCCUUGUCCACACUCUUGCCGUGACUAUCGUUGAACGUGCUCAUAUCCAGGCGCUCUGUGCACGGACGCUGUUGCAUAUCGUGAGUGGAGGGAAGACUCUUUGAAAAAGUAUUUAUUGUCCCCACACGAGGAAGAGGCUGCAGUCAAACACACACACACAC